AUGCCACUUAAUGAUGCCACGAAAGACAUAGUAGCAGGCACAAUGGGUGGUGUUGCCCAAGUUCUCGUCGGCCAGUAUGUGCAGUUACGACGAAGUUCUCACUCGCAGACCCUUCGAUAUCGUCAAAGUGCGCGUCCAAACCGCCGCAAGCGGCACCUACAACGGUACGUUGAGUCUCUAUUGUACCUUGCUGGCUUGAUCCAGUUAGGAAUGGAGCAUAGCAGUCUAACGCCAGGUGUUUUGGACUGUAUUUCACACAUCUUGCGUGAUGAGGGCCCCAUGGCUUUCUACAAGGGCACGACAAUGCCUCUCAUCGGUGUUGGCGCGUGUGUGUCAAUUCAAUUCGGUGUGGUCCAGUGGAGCAAACGUGUCUUCAACAGCAUGAAUGCUGCGCACCAGCCGGAGCGCAAGUCUUUGACACCAUUGCAGCUUUACAUGUCUGGUUUGUUUGGCGGCGUGGCCAACAGUUUUCUCGCAGGUCCAAUCGAGCAUGUGCGUAUUCGACUUCAAACCCAGAAAGGACAUGCGCUUCAUGGACCAUUCGACUGUUUGAAACAGUAUGUUGUUACCAAGCCUUUGUACAUGCACUUCUUACGCUACAACAGAAUGAUGCAGCACUCUGGUAUUGCUGGCGUAUAUCGAGGACUUGGCCCGACAAUCGUGCGUGAAGGCCACGGUAUGGGUGUGUACUUUUUAACGUACGAGUACAUCGUGCAAAAACGACUUGAAGUUUUGGGCAUUGCCCGUGACAAGAUCCCUGCGUCCACUUCCUUGCUAGCUGGUGGCUUGUCUGGUCUGCUCCUUUGGCUUAUGAUUUAUCCGAUCGACGUCGUCAAGUCAUACAUGCAAACGGACGCGAUUCAGUCUCAACAGCGGCGCUUCCGCACAUCUUUCGAUGUGGUUCGUCACAUCCAAGCCACCUAUGGUCUCAACGGAUUUGUGCGUGGUAUCGUGCCGACGUUGAUUAGGGUACGAUGCAUGACAGUGGUAAACUGUAGCACUAACUCGUACAGGCUCCAUUUGCGAAUGCCGCAACGUUUGCCGCCUUCGAAGGUACGUGGAUGCAUGUUGUAA